CUUCUCUCCUUGCAAAACAGAAAACAUUAUGGCUUCCUUCAUAUUUUCACUUACUUGUUCCUGUGCCAUGAUGCUGCUUGUUUUUGUAUUCCUAUCUUCCAUGGUUAAAGGCCUAGGAGACUUCAAUAUCAAUAUGUCACCUUCUCUCUCUCCUUUCUUUGAUAAACUCUGUGAUGAAGUCAACUGCGGAAGAGGAAACUGCUCGGUUGAUGUUGCCAAGCCCUUUAAUUUCGUUUGCCAGUGUGAUCCGGGAUGGAAGCGGACUCGUUCCGACAACGAAGAUGAUCUUCAAUUCCUUCCUUGCGUCAUUCCCAACUGUUCCCUCGAUUACUCUUGCAUGCCGGCUCCGCUUCCGAGUCCUCCGGUCCCUGAUAAUUACAGUUCUAUCUUCGAUCCUUGUUACUGGACAUAUUGUGGAGAAGGUAGAUGCACCAAGAAUCAUACGUAUACGCAUACAUGUGAAUGCAAUCCCGGAUACACAAAUCUCAUGAACGUCUCCCAUUUUCCAUGCUUUAGCAAUUGUGCUCUUGGAAGUGACUGCAGAAGACUUGGGAUACGGGUAUUGGACGCAUCGUCGCCUCCGGGUGGUAGCAGUCAAGGUACCAAAUUUCUUCCUGGAGGCUUCUAUUGGAUUGGAAUCACAGUGAUAUAUAUGGUGAUGGCUCUAUGGAAAUAGGAUAGUUAUAUUGGAUUGGAAUCACAGUGAUAUAUAUGGUGAUGGCUCUAUGGAAAUAGGAUAGUUAUUGUAUUUUUGGAUAUUUUGAUUGAUAUACGUGUGUUGAUAAUAUGUUGUGUAAAAAUAAAUAGAGGAAUAUUGUUUUAGUGGAGAUC